CAGCUGGUGCGGGAGCUGCAGCAGGUGUUCUUGCAGCACGACUGGGGGACGGGCGCGCUCGACGAGGCGUACCGCAAGUUCGAGGAGGGCCGGGCGGAGGAGGACGCGGAGGGGUACGUGCCGCCGACGGCGCGCCUGGAAGCCGCGGUGUACCGGCAGUACUGGAACGGUUUGCGGGUGCGUGUCGGGGUGCACACCGGGCUGUGCGACAUCCGGCGCGACGAGGUGACGAAGGGGUACGACUACUACGGCGAAGCGCCGAACAUGGCGGCGCGCACGGAGAGCGUGGGGAAUGGCGGGCAGGUGCUGCUGACGCGUGCGGCGUACAUGGCGCUGAGCACGGCCGAGCGGGAGCAGUUGGAGGUGACAGCGCUGGGCGCGGUGGCGCUGCGCGGGGUGCCGAGGCCGGUGGAGAUGCACCAACUGGACGCCGUGCCGGGUCGCACCUUCGCCGCGCUGCGGCUUGACCGUUUGAUGCCGGAACUUGACGACGUUGAGGGCGAGGAUACGUCAAGCGGCGGAGAGGCCUCCGCGUCCACCGCCAGGAGCGGCGUCUCGCACACCGUCGUGACUGUCUUGGCUGUGCUGCUCGGCACCUUCGCGGCCCCGCAGCGGCUGCGGGUGCUGCGGCCCCUCUGCGAGCGGUGGAGGGUCAGCGUGCCGCACGCGGUUGAGGCGACGCGCGAGGAGGACGCCUGUCGCGUGGCGAUGGGGCGGCUGGCGGUCAAGAUGAGCCGUGUGAUGGAGAAAAGCGCUAAGAGAGUUUCAAUUGACGGCGAACCAAGUAAAACGUCUCUGCCGCUCAUGUCUUUCUUUCGCAGUGACAGUGAGUUGCGCCUAUUCAACCCCUCCGUUGGGGGAGAUGAGAGUCUCGGGAGGCGUCAGCCACGCAGCAGCUUCAGCCAGUCGUCAUUGUCCGCGAUGGAAGAACCAGUCGUCACCGUCCACGUUCGUCGGCGUGUGUAA